CGGACACUUGCACAUCUUCCUAGAUUCCUUUCUCCUCGAGUAGCAGUAUCCUACUCAUAACGGAACCUCCUAUUCUUGUUCUUCCUUGCUACCUUCCUUCAUGCUCGCCUCUUCCCGUACCGCCGCUGCCAGCGUGCAGCGCAUGUCGAGUCGUGCCUUCCACGCCUCCUCUUUGACCGAAGCACGCAAGUUCUUUGUGGGUGGCAACUGGAAAUGCAACGGUUCGGUCCAACAAGCCGCCGACCUCGUCUCCAUGCUCAACCAGUCUUCCUUGAGUCAGGAUACGGAAGUCGUCAUUUGCCCCUCCCAGGUCCACUUGCAGUCCGUCCAGUCCACCAUUCGCGGAGACGUGGCCGUCGGAGCUCAGGACGUUUGGACACAGGGCAACGGUGCCUUUACGGGAGAAACAUCCGCCAACAUGCUCAAAGAUCUCGGCGUCAAGUGGGCCGUCAUUGGACACUCCGAGCGGCGGGGUAAGGGCGAACCGGACGCCCAGGUUGCCGCCAAGGCCAAGUACGCACUCGAUCAGGGUCUCUCCGUUAUCGCCUGCUGCGGUGAACCCCUCGAAGCCCGUGAAGCCGGAACCACCAACGAAUACGUCUUUCCGCAAAUCAAGGCCUACGUCGACGCUUUGGAGCCCAAGGACUGGGACCGCGUCGUCAUUGCCUACGAACCCAUCUGGGCCAUUGGCACCGGACUGACCGCCACUCCGGAACAAGCCCAAGAUACGCACGAGGCGAUUCGCCAAUACCUCGGACAAGUCGCCGGUGCCGAAGUCGCCGCCAAUACCCGCAUUCUUUAUGGAGGAUCCGCCAGUGCCAAGACCGCCCCGGGACUCUCCGCGAAACCGGAUAUCGACGGAUUCCUCGUCGGGGGCGCCUCGCUCAAACCAGAAUUCGCCGAUAUUGUCAACUGCCAAGGCGAUACCAAGUCACUCAAGCCGGUCAAUAUCGGAAUCAAUGGAUUCGGUCGUAUUGGACGCCUCGUCAUGCGCGCCGCGCAGAACGACCCUAUGAUCAAUAUUGUGGCCGUCAACGAUCCCUUUAUCCCGACCGAUUACAUGGAGUACAUGUUCCAGUUUGAUUCCACCCACGGUCUCUACACUGGCACCGUCAAUAUGGUGGACGAAUCCAACAUUGCCGUCGACGGAAAACCCAUUCGUGUCUUUAACGAACGCGACCCCUCCAAGAUCCAGUGGGGCAGUGCCGGGGCCGACUACGUGAUUGAGUCGACCGGUAUUUUCACCACCACCGAAAAGGCUUCGGCACACAUGGCGGGUGGAGCCAAAAAGGUCGUCAUCUCGGCACCCUCCGGCGAUGCACCCAUGUUCGUCAUGGGCGUCAACCAAGAGAAGUAUGAGUCCUCCAUGGACGUGGUUUCCAACGCAUCCUGCACCACUAACUGUCUCGCGCCCUUGGCCAAGGUCGUCAACGACGAGUUCGGACUCAAGGAGGGUCUCAUGACCACGGUCCACGCCGUCACGGCCACGCAGCAGACCGUCGAUGGUCCGUCGCAGAAGGACUGGCGUGGAGGCCGUGCGGCCUGCUACAACAUUAUUCCGUCGAGUACGGGAGCCGCCAAGGCCGUGGGCAAGGUCAUUCCCGCCCUCAACGGUAAACUCACCGGAAUGAGCUUCCGCGUCCCAACCAUUGACGUGUCCGUCGUGGACUUGACUUGCCGUCUGGACAAGGGUGCGCCAUACGCCACCAUCUGUGCCGCCAUCAAGGCCGCGUCCGAAGGUCCCAUGAAGGGCAUCUUGGGAUACCAAAAUAAAGAUGUGGUGAGCUCUGACUUUAUCAGCGACUCGCAUUCCUCCAUCUUUGACGAAAAGGCGGGUAUCGCCUUGACGGACGAUUUUGUCAAGCUCGUAUCCUGGUACGACAACGAAGCCGGUUACAGUAUGCGUGUGUUGGAUCUGAUCAAGCACAUGGAGAAAUCCAAAUGAACGAAAGUAACGUAAACGUUUUGUAAAGAUUGAAAACAGCC